AUGGAAAAAUGCUUAUCCCUGGAUUUAAGUGUUAAAGGUUCUAAGGCAUUUGAAUUCUAUAUUCAACCAGAAUUUACAAGGAUUCGAUCAUAUGUACGAAAUGUAACUCGUACUUUAUAUAAUGAGAAUAAUAAAAAAACGUUCAGGAAUACAUGCCUAGAAUUGGCUAGUUAUCUAAUUAAGAAUAAGACUCCAUCACGAUACUAUAUGCAUGAAAAAGAAAGGUGGGAAGGAGCAUUAAAGGAUAGGGUGAAAUCUCACUAUAAACCGCUACAUGAAAAAUUUGGUGGAUGCUUUCCAAUUUUCGAUGAGAACGAUAAAAAACUUUUAAAUUUAAACUAUGAAGCAGAAAAUUUUUGUGAAGAAAAUAAAAACAAAAGAGAAGAUAUACUAUCACAGUGCUCUAAUAACAGACAUACUACUUCAAGUAAUUGUGGUGAAACAUGUUAUAAUAGAAUUAAUACAUAUAAUGAGUGGAUUGACAAUAAACAGAAGUAUUUUAAGGAUAACGAAUGGCUUGUUAAAAAAUCAUGUAAAAAUGCAUUAAACCAAUUUCCAAAAAGAAGUUGCAACAUACUUGAUAGUAAAACAUUUAAAAAACUACAUAAUUGUUCACCUCCCCUCCCCUCAUUUACACCGGGUCAACAUAAAAUUGAAGAAGAAAAAACGAGUUCACAAGAAGUAAAUAGAGAUGCAAAAGAUAAUCUACCUAAUCCUCAAAUUCCCAAGGAACAAACUAUUUCAGUAACCCAAGGAGAAGAAGCUAAACGUGACCAGGAAAUUCAACAGGUACGACAACCUCAUCCUCAAGUGCUAUCGUCAACUGAACCUCCAGGUAUAACAGAUAAAAGUACAGAAAUUCAAGAUAGUCCUUCUGACCAAGAUGAAGAAUCAGAAAUAGUAUCACAACUAAAAAAUAAAGGUCCAUUUCCAUCAGGCCCUAAUAUACCACAAUCUCCAGAUUCUCAAGUGUCACUAGCAAAGCAUUCUUCUGAAACUAGUUUGUUGACUGAUGAAGUAGCCGUUUCUUCUUCAAAUUUCCCUAAUUCUAUGGAACACCCUAAAAUUCUAGGUAAAAUUAAUUCUAAUUAUUCUUUUAUCUUUAAAAAAACUACAAUAUAUAAAAUAUACAUUAAAAAUACAAUUGCAGAUUCAGAAAAACAUGCAGUUAUCUCACACAGAUCUCCUGUUCUAAUAAUCAUUCUAUGCGUUAUUGUAUUUUCCAUUUUUAUUAAGUACGCUUUAGUUGAGAUGUUUAAAAAAAAAAAAAAGAUUAGAAGAAGACAAGCGAAAUUCCUAAGAUUACUAGUACCUUCAUUUUCUAACAACAAAAACAAGUAUUUAACAGAUGUUCAUUUAGAAUACCCAAUAUAUAAUGAAGAAGAAAUAAAAAAAAUUAAAAUAAAUGAAUUUACAAAAAAUAUAAACUUGUCAAAUCGAAAAAAAGACAGAUCCAAAACCAUAAUAGAAUUACAUAUGGAAGUACUCGAAGAAUUCAGAAAAGAAGAAUGGGAAAACAACAAAGAGGAAUUCUUAGAAAUAUGUAUUGAUGGGAUCACAAAAAAAGAAUACAUAACAAAUACUAAUUUAGCAAAUGACAAAAAUAUAAUGGAAAAUAUUAAAAGUAGCAGUGAUAUUAAAAAACAAAAUAUUCAUUGGAAUAAAUGGAUUGAAAGACAUAGAAAUAUUUCCGAAAAAUUGAAAAACGUAGAUUGGUUUAAUAAUUUAAAAAAUGAAUGGAAAAAAGAACUACUUUAUAUACAAGAAAUGGAAGAAUUAAAAAAGAAAUGUUCUAAUGAGAACUACAACACACUAUAUUUAGAAAGAGAGAAAAAUCUGUGGAAACAGUGGAUAUCAAAAAAGGCCAUUCUUAUAGACCAAUAUUUGGAACAGGACUGCUUUAAAGAAUGCUCAGAGGAUUCGCAUAAUACGUCAGAUGAAUGUCUAAAUGAAUAUACUAAAAGUUAUGUAUCACUACUAAAUAUAGAAGAAUUUCAGCACAAAGAAAAUUAUGAGGAAUUAUAUAAAUAUAUAAAAACAAAAUUAUUGACAAAGCUGGGUGUUUUAGUAUUUAUGACUAUAUUUGAAGAAUGUAAAAAAGAGUUGAACUUUGAAAAUAGGGAAUCAUAUUUGGACAGUUCCAUAAAUGAAUGGAAGACAGAAGAAUAUUCAGAUAAGAAACAAGAAAUUACAAAAAAUAUAAUUGCAUAUAAUUUCAUUGAUAUAGAAAAUAAAAAAAAUGACAUAUUUCAUUCUCAUAUAGGGAAACAUUGCUUCAGUAACGAGAUAGAAGAGUAUAUAUGUGAAGAUGAUAGAUGUAAAUUCUUUUGUUAA